AUGCCCGAGCCAAAAGAAGAAGUAAUAAUGGAAGAGCAUCUUUGCGAAGCACCGAGAACCGAUCAGAGAAUACUAGAAAGAGUGAUCGAAGGGUGCCGGUUGCAUGUAAAAAUGGUGCCGCAGAACGAAUGGAGUGAGUCAUCGCCUAUUCUAUUCUGAUUGAAAAUAGUAUUUUUCCUUUGCAGGAGAAGCCGAAGUGCUACAAAGAGGCCGGCAGUUGAAUGGGUCCAUGAAAUUCUAUGUGCACUACGUCGAUUGCAACAGAAGGCUUGACGAAUGGGUGACAGACCUCGAUCGACUCAAUGUUUCCACAUUGAAAAUGCCGCAAAAGGGAGGGAAGAAAGGAGCACACUUGAGAGAUGAAAAGUGAGUCAUUCGCUCGUUCGGCGGCUGAAUACAAUACAAAACUGUUUUAGUCGAGACGCCAACGAAGUUGAAGCUAAGAAGAGCGGCCGGAAGCGCAAAAUACCAUUGUUGGUAAUGGAGGACAUCAAGACGGAGCCCGGAGAGUCGUCGCAGCCGGUGCCUGCUGCGAACGGAACGCCAAGUCUGCGAGGAUCCAUGUCGAUGGUGGGUCACAGCGAAGACGCGAUGACACGCAUCAGGAACAUCGAAUGCAUCGAGCUGGGACGGUCGCGCAUUCAACCGUGGUACUUCUCGCCCUAUCCCCAGCAAUUGACAAGUCUCGACUGCAUAUACAUUUGCGAGUUCUGCCUCAAGUAUCUGAAAUCAAAAACAUGCUUGAAACGACAUAUGGUAUGCUUUUUUGCUUAAAAAUUUGUGUCAGAAUAACUGUUUUUAGGAGAAGUGCGCUCUCUGUCAUCCACCUGGAAAUCAGAUAUACAGUUACGACAAACUGUCUUUCUUCGAAAUUGACGGCCGAAAGAACAAGAGCUAUGCGCAGAAUCUCUGCCUCUUGGCCAAGCUCUUCUUGGAUCACAAGACCCUCUACUACGACACCGAUCCGUUCCUGUUCUACGUGCUCACAGAGGAAGAUGAGAAAGGCCAUCACAUUGUCGGGUACUUCUCGAAGGAGAAGGAAUCCGCAGAGGAGUACAACGUGGCAUGCAUUCUGGUUCUGCCGCCGUUCCAGAAGAAAGGAUACGGAAGUCUCCUCAUAGAAUUCAGCUACGAGCUCUCGAAGAUUGAGCAAAAGACAGGUUCGCCGGAAAAACCGCUCUCCGAUCUCGGCCUCCUUUCCUACCGUUCCUAUUGGUCUAUGGCCAUCAUGAAAGAGCUGUUCACAUUCAAACGACGUCAUCCGGGCGAGGAAAUAACCGUGCACGACAUUUCGAUGAGCACUUCGAUCAAGAGGGAAGACGUCGUCUCCACUCUGCAGCAGCUCGAGCUGUGCAAGUACUACAAGGGACAGUACGUUAUUGUGAUAAGCGACGACAAGCGGCGAGUCUACGAGGAGAGAAUAGAAAAGGCGAAGAAGAAGACGCGCAUUAAUCCGAAUGCAUUGCAGUGGCGGCCCAAAGAGUAUGGAAAGAAAAGGGUGAGUUCCAGAUCUCAAAUUUUCUAAUGAUAGGCCGUCUUCAGACACAAAGCACCUUCUAG